CCUCCUCCCCCCGUCAAUACCGUCCAGCAAUGCCGAGGGCCAAGGCAAGCAAGCCAAACACUCAAACGGCGUCAGACCUGUACGGCGCGCAAGCUGCCUCGUUCAGCGCCCAACCGCCCGCACCGUCCCAAUCCAGCUCCUUCCCAGCCAUCCUGGUCCCCCGCAACAUGCUACGUGCUGAGCUCGAAUCCCGCUCCCCCAAAUCUCUCACAUCGCUCAUCUUCUCCCUCAUGGACAACUUUCCCUCCACCGUGCCCUUUAUUGCGAAGCAGGCGAACACAGCGCUUGUAUCUGGUUCUUCGGAUAUGCGGUUGCCGGAUACGAUCGUGGUGCCGGCGAAGGUGUGGUUCGGGAAGGAUGAGGGGGAGGGGGAGGAUGUGGGGGAUGAUGCUGAGCCUGCUGGGAAGGGCAAGGCUAAGGGGAAAGGCAAAGGGAAGGCGGACCGGAACAAGGAGAAGGAGAUGUGGACGAAGGAUCCGACGCUGGACGAGGAUGAGGUCGUAGGAGGAUCGGACAAGGAGAACGCGGGCGAGAGGAAUCCCGCGAUGCAGGUCAAGGGCAAAGGGAAGGGGAAGGAACCCGCACGGGCCAAGAGCAAGGAGCCCGCGACGCAGACGAAGGGGAAGGGUCCCGCAGUGGCGCCUGACGCGUCGCGCAAGCGCGCGGCCUCUCGGGCGCCUUCUCCGACCCCCAAGCCUCAGUCCAAGCGCCGCAAAGCGACCGAUGAUAAGCCGACCCCAUCCGAGCCUGCCGUCCCUAGCUCCUCCCAACCCGCCACCACCUCCAUCCCUUCUACCCCCUUCACGCCCGCGGGCGUCUUUACCCUCACCUGCCCUUACCUCUCCGAAACAUGGCCCGACGCCUGCGCUAACCCCCUCACCCUCCGCCUCGCCCCGUCCUCCACCGGCGCCCACCUCUGGGGCGCCUUCAAACUCGGCGUCCUGGACGGCAUCCUCCGCUCCACCACCUCGCCCCCCUUCGCUCCCUCCAAAGCCAUCGACUUCGUCUGGCGUGCGCGGUCCUCUGAGGAAGUGAACGAGGACAACGAGCCCGCCAUCGAAGUCGACGACGACGAUCAGACGGGGACGUUACUGUUUAUGCCCGACGGCACGCUCCGCGGCGUGCUCGAGGGCGCCUUCCUCCCCGACGAACAGUGCAUCUUCCUCGCGCGGCGGAAGACGGGGGACAAGCGGUUCCGCGCGCCCGGCGAGCGGCUCGUCAAGCAGUGGAAGCGCGAGUGGCGGAAGCUGCCUGGGGAGCAGCCGGGUGGGGUGGGGUUGUGGGGGCGGAGUAAGGAGCCGCCCGCAGCGUCGGAUACAAGCGAGGACCAGACGCUGUAUAUCAUGCCCGCGUAUUAGCACAGUAUAUGGGGGUGGACUGGGGUGAGGGUGCAUCGUCGCGUCGUCGUCCCGCGCUUCAAACGAUCAGUGCCCCCCUCGGGCGACAUGUACAGAUCUAGAGUACUUAUCUGAACAUUUCUUCGUAACGUAUCGUUCUAAUUUUGUUCGAAUUCCUUCGUUACACAUCCCGGCGGGCUUGGACAUAGCCUCCCCAUGAGCCGUC